ACCAUUUCGUCUCCUCGAUCUGACACAUUUAGCUGCCGUGCUCAAAGAAGUAGCUGUGUGCAGUAAGUGUCAGAAAGGUAGUUUGAGUUUGAAGGUGGGGAAGUAACGAGUGCGAUUUGCUAUUCCACUCUUUCUGGAAUGCUCUAAUCCGUGAGAAUAUUUAUUCCACCGCAAGCUGAGCUGUUUCGAAGUUUGGAUCGUCUAGAUUUUGUGGUACUCAAAUAAGAACCGGUAGACAAUUGUACAGUUUGAAGACUACGUCAGUUCAAGGUGGCUACAGAAGUAAACCGACGUAUACGUAUGGUGCUUGGUGCUCGUGAAAUGGGUUAUGGUCAUGCAUUCUGGUGUUGAGGUUAGAUGGUUGUUUGUUGCCUGCAAGUGUGACCGCAUUUUGUCGUGUCGUAUGUGUACAGACUUGCAGUCGUAUUGAACCUGGUUGGUUGUAUGUCCUCUGUCAGUUACUCUCAUCACAACAAGAUACGUUGAGAUGAUGUAGAUAGUGCUGAAAUCACAUUAUUCCUAUUGUAGUUGAGGAGGCUGCUACUGUUGUAGCUAAAGAAGCCAUGUUUGAGGCUGCCAGAGAAGUCAGAGUCCUUGAGAUUCCUGAAGCACAAUUUGAUCCAAACGAAGACAGUGACGUUUCUGGUGAUGAGUUCGGAGGUUUUGUACCCAUGGAAGGCACUGUAGACAUUGCUGUGUCAUGUGAUGGCACUUGGCAGAGGCGAGGCCAUCAGUCCCUGUACGGAGUAGAGACUGUGAUCUCAGAAGAGACAGGCGAAGUGUUAGAUUACGAAAUGCAAAGCAAGUUCUGCUUCAACUGCCAAGCCCAUUCUACCUGGGAUAGAACCACCAAGAAGUACCAAGAGUGGAAGGAGCAACAGAAGGAGGUAUGCCAAAUCAACUUUGUGGGAUCUUCUGGAAGUAUGGAAGCAAGUGGUGCAGUAACUCUCUGGAAUCGAUCGGUAGAGCUCCACAACUUUUGCUAUACCACUUUUAUUGGUGAUGGAGACAGCUCCUCAUAUAAGAAAGUGGUUGAAUCGAAACCAUAUAGAGAGGACGUCUCCAUCACCAAGAGCGAUUGUGUGGGACAUGUCCAGAAAAGAAUGGGCAAGAACUUACACAACUUACAGGUAACGUGGAAAGACACUGGUUGUACCUCCAGAGCCUGGACAACGAGGUAAGAAGGGUAUAAAGGUCAAAGGCAGAUUGACGAACAAGUUGUGUGACAAACUACAAAAUUAUUAUGGCCUUUCCAUACGAAGGAAUUUGGGUGAUCCAGAGGCAAUUGUAACAGCAGUAAAAGCCAUCAUUGGCCACCAAGCUGACGAUUAUCAGUACUGCCCUCAGGGGGAGUUGUCAUGGUGCAAACAUAAUCGUGGCGAUCCAUCAUACAAGCCUAAAAAUUUCCCUUCCUCAAUAAUUGAGGUAAUGCACCCGGUAUUUGAUCGCCUCACUAAUCAAGACCUUCUGGAAAGAGUGGCUAGAGGGGACUCACAAAAUCUCAAUGAGGCGUUACAUAGCAUAAUAUGGAAAAGGUGUCCUAAACACACAUUUGCUUCUGCUACCAUAGUGAGAAUCGCAACAGCGUUAAGCUGUUAUUCAAUGAAACCUAGGCAGCAUUGGUCUAAUUAGGAUAUUGGAGAGGUUAGAUAUCCUAAGUAAUGUACGUAUUUACCCAGUUCUCUUGAGAAGAGCUAGAUAGAAGGAGAGCCAUAGACUAUGCCAGGAGUCAAGACUUUGAUCAUAAGAGGCGGAGGCAAGAACUAAGAGGAAUAAAGAAGAGAGGCCUGGACAAACAGCAGCGAGAAGAAGAACCGUUCUAUGAGGCUGGUGCUUUCGAUGUUGAGGACGUGGAAGUUGUUGUUGAGGACGUAGAAGAUGUUGAGAAUGUGGAUGCACCUGGUCCAUCUAAGGUAGCACCACAACCUAGACAGAAGAGGUCAAAAUCAAAAACAGCUAAGAAUCCUACAAAAAGAGCAAAGCCGUGUGAUGACUCUGAUCCUGAGUGGGAGCUAUGCUUGAAGAGAAGUGUGAAAUGGGAGACUUACAUAAUCAAUAUCAAUAUCACAGCAUCAAUAUUUUGGGGUGCAAUGCAGCUACGUUCUCGUCGUGCACCCUGUGAGUACCCUGUAUUGCCAGGGAACCAAAUCCGCAAUUACUGAAAGCAAUAUGC